AUGGGCUCGCAGCCAAGCUUCACUCAACCGCCGCAACGGGCGUCGUUUUCGGGCUUCCUCUUCGACAUGGACGGCACCAUCAUCGACUCCACUGCCGCCAUAGUGAAACACUGGCACAGCAUCGCCACAGAACUCGCUCUGGAUCCCCAGGAAAUCCUCAAGACGUCCCACGGACGCAGAAGCAUAGACGUGGUCGGCAUGAUGGCCCCUCACAAGGCCACGUGGGAAUACGUGAAGCAAGUCGAGGGCCAGAUCCCCCUCCUCUACGGCGACGACGCCUUCGAGAUAGCCGGCGCCAGAAGCCUCAUCGACUCCCUCAUCGCCCUCUCCGCCCCGUGGGCGAUAGUCACGUCGGGCACCGAGCCGCUCGUGUCGGGCUGGCUCAGCCGGCUGUCCCUGGCUGUUCCGCGGCACCUCGUCACGGCCGAGUCCGUGGCCGACGGUAAGCCGGACCCUGCGUGCUACCGCAUGGGCCUGGACAAGCUCAAUCUCGCGCACCGGGCCGGGGACGUGGUCGUGCUGGAAGACGCGCCGGCCGGCAUCGAGGCCGGCAAGGCGGCGGGAUGCAAGGUCAUCGGGCUCGUGACGAGCCACACGGUUGACCAGGUUGUCGCAGCUGGGCCGGACUGGGUGGUCAAGGAUCUGGAGUCGGUGAGGGUCGUCGGGCAGCACGACGGACGGGUGACGGUUGAGAUUUCGAACGCGCUGCGACUGUAA